AUGGCACAUGAAAACUACACAAGGGUCAAUGAGUUCAUUUUCACAGGUUUGAAUUACAACCCCCGGUUACAGAUCUUACUUUUCCUGCUCUUUCUGAGUUUCCACGUCAUCAACCUAACUGGAAACUUGAGUAUGAUUAUUCUGAUACGGAUCAGUUCCCGCCUACACAUGCCCAUGUACUUUUUUCUCAGCCACUUGUCUUUUGUGGACAUCUGCUUCUCCUCAGUUGUGAGCCCCAAGAUGCUCACUGACUUUUUUGUGAAGAGGAAAGCCAUCUCUUUCCUGGGCUGUGCUUUGCAGCAGUGGUUCUUUGGGUUCUUUGUGGCAGCAGAGUGUUUCCUCUUGGCAUCCAUGGCCUAUGACCACUAUGUAGCCAUCUGCAACCCAUUAUUGUAUUCAGUCGCGAUGUCUCAGAGACUCUGUAUCCAGCUGGUGAUUGGUCCCUAUGUCAGUGGGUUCAUGAACACCAUGACUCAUACAACAAAUGCAUUUCAUCUCCCUUUUUGUGGCUCCAAUGUCUUUAAUCAUUUCUUCUGUGACAUGUCCCUGCUGCUUUCCCUUGUAUGUGCUGACACUAGGCUCAAUAAAUUGGUAGUUUUCAUCAUGGCUGGAGCUGUGGAAGUCUUCAGUGGUCUGACUAUCCUGGUCUCCUACAUUUACAUCCUCAUUACCAUACUGAAGAUCCACUCUGCUGAAGGGAGGCAUAAAGCCUUUUCUACCUGCUCAUCUCAUCUGACAGCUGUUUCCAUCCUGUAUGGUACUCUUUUCUUUAUUUAUGUACGGCCUAGUGCAAGUUUCUCCCUGGAUCUCAAUAAAGUGGUGUCUGUGUUUUAUACAGCAGUGAUCCCCAUGUUGAACCCACUUAUCUACUGCUUGAGGAACAAGGAAGUCAAAGAUGCCAUAUACAGGGUGUACAGGACUGUUGCUAAGAGGAUGUUUUGUAGGACCUAA